UAAUUAAAAGAACGGCCGGGAAAGUUUCCAAAUAUUUUUAACAUAAUUUUUUUAUGGUCCGGCGAUUUCGAAACACCGCUGUUUUUUAUUCAUACACUCAUCUUUUUAAUUUCAGUUUUUCCCGAGGUUAGGGGAUAAUUGCCUCCCAUUUUACUAAAACGACAUUGAUACCGUGAUUCCGGUACGGAUUAUAAACAGAGCUGUGUCCUUAUCGGCCUACACUUGCUGUCCCGAGAAAUAAAAUGUUAUUGGUGUACCUAAUGGUAUUUAACCUACUUGUGAAUUCGCAGGCUAACAAAAUAGUUGAUUUUGCGGAACAAGCUGCAGAUUUUGUUGAGCAAUGGAUAAAAUUUCAGCUGGAUUACGCUAAAAACUACACCAAACAAGAGAGCCUCUUUAGGUUUGCAAUAUUUAAGCAGAACUUAAAAAGAAUAGAGAAACACAAUACAAAAUUCCUCCAGGGCUUAAUGACUUUCAAAAUAGGACUAAAUCAGUUUGGUGACUUAACAAAAGAAGAAUUUAUUCAAACAUUGACCGCAAACCCUUCAAACUUGGUAUCAAAAAGAUCCAUUAAUGAGAGCCACAGAACGAUUCGACAGGUGCCUGAAUAUUUCGACUGGAGGGAACAAAGCGCAGUCGGAAGCGUCAAGAACCAGGGAAACUGCGGUUCAUGCUGGAGUUUCAGUGCUAUUGGUGCUCUUGAAAGUCAAGUGUAUUUAAAAACCGGCAAAAUGGUAUCUCUAAGUGAACAAAAUCUUAUUGACUGUGCAAAAGACAAUAUCAAUCAUGGUUGUCAAGGUGGUUGGAUGGCAAAUGCUUUUGAGUACCUGAAAAACAAUUAUGUCACAUCUGACAGUGAAUACUCUUACGUGGGUGUGCAGCAACAAUGCCAAAUAAACGAGAGGCAAACAAAGAUAAGCAUAAGAGGAUACCAACGAGUACAAGGCAACGAACAAGUUUUAAAGGAAGCGGUUGCUACUAUUGGACCUAUUACAGCAGCUAUGGACGCGUCAAAUUUACAAUUUUAUUCCAACGGUGUUUACAGAGAUGAUGAAUGCUCCCCAAAUUAUGUGAAUCAUGGUGUACUGAUUGUAGGCUAUGGUAAUGAAGCCGGCAGGGACUACUGGUUAAUCAAAAACUCUUGGGGAUCAUCCUGGGGGGAAAAUGGCUAUUUUAAAAUUAUACGAAAUAGGGGCAAUCAAUGUAAUUUGGCAUCUUACACAAUGUAUCCAAUUUUAUAAAUAUCAGUUGAAUUAUAUAAUUUUAAAACCUCAAGCAAAUUAUUUUUUAUUUCG